UGAUUUUGAAUUAUUCGUUUUAAGGAAAUGAUGAAGAAGAAGGACAUACACAAGGUUUCUUCUACUGGUGGUUGGUGCGCUAAUACGAGCAUAGAGAACUCUGGUCAUCAUAAAACUGACAAGAAACUUGCUCCUGUACUCGCUGACUUUUUCAAAGGUAAAUAUAUAGCAUCAUUUGGAGAUGGACCAGGUCGUUACAAACAACUGUUGACAGAUUCCGGCCUCCUUAAAGGAUAUGACGCCUACGACGGUGCUCCAUUCAGUGAGAAGACAAGCGAGGGAAGGGUAAAAUAUCUCGAUCUGACACUCCCACAAUACGGUUUACCAUUAUAUGAUUGGGUAAUGAGUCUAGAAGUGGCGGAGCAUAUACCAAAGGAGUAUGAAAGCAUAUAUCUAGAUAACAUUGUACGUCACGCAAAAGAGGGCGUCGUAAUAAGUUGGGCAAAACUAGGUAAGCAUUUGAGUUUUCAACUUUAA